AUGGUCAAAUGUUUUAAGAUAAUUAUAAUAUUUUUUAUUAUUUUUCAUUUUAUUUCAAGUAAUCAAAUUCCAACUCCUAAAUUAUUAGAAAAUGGAUUAAUGACUCGAGAUAUUAUUGAGGAAUGUAUAAGUUUACAUAAAGUUGAUGUUAUGCUCCUAUUGGAAACAUCUGAAUUUAUUGAUAAGUAUACUUUUGAUAUUAUAAAAUUUUUUUCUAUAAAUUUAAUGAAUCGUUUUAAUAUAAGUGAAAAUGGUAAUCAUUUUGGAUUUAUUACAUAUUCUAAUAACACAAUAGAUGUAAAUCCUUUUCAAUGGAAUACAUUAAAAAUUAGACAAUCAUUAGAAGAAAUCAAAUUUACUGGUCAUGGAAAACCACUUUUAGGUAAAACAUUAGAAGUUGUUAAAGAAACAAUAUUUUCACCUUUUACAUUUCGUGAAUCAGUUCCAAAAGUUUUAUUUAUCAUAACGACUGGACAAUCAUAUGAUGACAUAACAUAUUCAGUAGAAGAUCUUCAAAGGGAAAAUAUUUUAAUUUAUAGUAUAGGAAUAACAGAAGAUACAAAUUUAAAUAAUUUAUAUAUUCUUUCAAAUAAUCCUUCAAGAAUAUUUCAUUUAACUAUUCCUUUAGAUAUGAUUGAUAAUUUUAUUGAUUCUAUAAUUUGGGAUGCUUGUAAAACAAGUUACAGAGUUGGAGUACCUGAAAUAAUUUGUGGCAAAAAGUCUAUUGGUAUUAGAGCAUCAACAAAAAAAGAUUUUGAGGGAUAUAUUUAUGUUAUGGAUCAUUUUAAUAGAAAAGAAUGUAGAAAAAGUGUUGAACAGUUAAGAGAUUUAAAAAGUUUAUCAUUAACAAUUCCUUUUAAUAGAUGUAAUGUUAAAAGAUGGCGAAAUAUUAAUCCAAGAGGAAUUCAUAUUGAAGUUACAAUUAUCAUUCAAUAUCAUCAUUUAUUUAUGACUGGUGUUGAUCAGGUUAUAAAAGCUAAAUGUUUUUAUCAAGAAGGUGCAGGUAAUGUUGAAUUUUUAUCAAAAGAUAUAAAAAAAAGUAGUCAAUUACCAAUAUGUACAUAUAAUCUUCAUAAAGAUACUCCAAAUGGUGAAAUAAUACAUGUAGCAAAUAUUGGUGAAAAAGUUUGGCAUGUUUGGGAAUGUAAAGGUAAUCAAGAUAAUAAUAUGUAUGGAAUGCUUGUACAUAAUUGUUAUGUUGACAAUGGUCGUGGUGAUGUUGUUCAAAUUAUUGAUAAUGAUGGAUGUUCACUAGAUUCAACAAUACUAGAUACUCCAAUAUAUAAUAAAAAUUGGUUAACUGCUGUAAGAGAAGGGGAAGUAUUUAAAUUUGCCGAUAAACCAGCUUUACAAUUUCAAUGUAAGAUAACAUUAUGUAAUAAAAAAAAUGGUGGAUGUGACAAAAUUGUUCCUCCAAAAUGUGAUAAGAAAAAAUUGGUGGUAAAAAAAAGUAAAAGAGAAACUAGUAAUACUCUUGAUGUUGCAACACAACAACUAGAAGUUACAACAAUGAAAAAUAAUAGUAAUACUUGCAUUAUUCAAACUGUUAAAAUAAGCAAAGUAGAAUUUUUAAUGUUUUUAAAUAUUAUUUUAUUAGUUAUACUAAUAAUUUUCUGCUUUUAUUGGUCUCACAAAAAUACUACCUCUUGA